AUGAUUGAAGGUAUUACAAAAGUACCAGCAAAUAAUAUGCGUUUAAUUAUUGAUUCAACUAAACAAGCAAUGGAUGAUGAUAAUCAAACCCUGCUUGAUUGUGGAUUGACAAGUGCCGCAGCUAAAGCAUACUCUCCUGUACUGCUAUAUUUAUGCUAUCGAAAGAAUACAGGUGGAAAUGAAAAUGAUUGGGAACCCAUUGAUGUCGCUGAAUUGAGUCCUCCUCCACCAUUACCGGACGUAUUCAAAACGGAUGACGACAAAAAAGAUAACAUUCAAAUUGGUUCGUAG